AUGCCCUAUGAGCGGUGCGACAGUUCUUCAGCACAGUCGCGACGUUUUUCCCGCAAACCUGCCACUUUCGAUGCUGACGAGCAUGAACAGAUUUGUCACAAAGCAGAGGAUAUCCCGCUACCUCCGUCUCUAAAUCGCUUCGUAGUUGCACCUGCACGUUCACCGCCCAGUUCUCAGGUUUGGCUCGUUUUUACAUUUAUGAUAUGA